CGGAGCUAACAAAGAAAUGCCAGCCCAAGCCGAUCCAAAUCCGCUGCCGCCCCAUUCCCUCCGAAUCACCAAAAAAAGGAAUCUCUGCCUCUCUUUAUCACCUCCCUACCCACAUGUAACAAGAAGAACCUUUUCCACAUUACACAGAAAGAGAGAGAGAGAGAAGUAAACGAAUUAGUUAGAGAGAUUAAUUAGCUUAGGGUAAUCACAACCCUCAAAAAGUAUGAAAGGGGAGCUAUCACAGGAGACGCCGGUGGAAGCUCCGGCGAGCGCGUUGUGGGAGGCCUACCGCGGGAUUGAGCUGGGGAAGCUGGUCACCGAGCUGAUGUCCGACACCAUUGGCCAGGCCCAAGUCCUCGAAGGCGACGGCGGCCUCGGCACCGUCGUCAAGCUCACUUUCCCGCCCGGGACGCCGGGGGUGGGAUACUUGACGGAGGUAUUCAGGGUGGUGGACGACGAGAAGCGGGUCAAGGAAACCGAGACAGUGGAAGGCGGCCUGCUCGCUCUGGGCUUCGACUCGCUCCGAGUCCGCCUCGAAAUCGUGGAGAAAGGCGCCGAGUCCAGCGCCGUCAAGUCCACGCUCUUGUACGAGGUGGACGACGCCAAGCCGGAGCUGCUCGAUUAUCUCUCCACCGACCUCUUCGAGCUCAUGGCCAAAGGGAUAGGCAGCCAUGUCGUCGAGAACUACAGCAAGAAGAAAUCGACAUCGUCGAUCCUCUCCGCUUGAAUCAUCCCCAUUUGUUGUACUGCUUGCUUGCUUGUUGCUGUCUGUUUCUUCCAUCUCGAUCGAUCGUGUGUUUGUGUGUUUCCAGUAACAGUAAUAAUUUAAUUGAGAGCUGAUUAGGCAUCAGCAAUUUCCACAACAACCCGACCCGUCUUGAACGGAUACUAUCCGCUUCGCAAGUAGUGUGGAUUCUGAUAAUGUGUGCGUCUUAUUUACGCCUCGGCCUGUAGGCGGCUGGGAAAAUAGACCAGACUGUUAGAA